CCCAGCCCUCACGGCUCACAGUCACGGUGAGGCUUUGAAUUUCAUAUUGUUCUUCAGCCGCCCGCCCCUCUCACAGUCACCAUCUCCAUUCUCCUCCGAUUCUCCACUCUACGCUCGCUUUCUAUCUCUUUAAUCAGAAUCACUCCCUUGUCAAAACCUCGGGUUUUGGCAAAGUUUGUAGCAGCUUAAAGGGUUUUUGUAUUGGGGGUUUUUGGAUCGAAGGAGGGGGUGAGAUGAAGCAGGUAGUGGGAAUGGUGGUCUCGAACAAAAUGCAGAAAUCGGUGGUAGUUGCGGUGGAUAGGUUGUUCUAUCACAAACUCUACAAUCGCUACGUCAAGCGCACUUCCAAGUUCAUGGCUCAUGAUGAGAACAACCAGUGCAAUAUUGGUGAUCGAGUUAAAUUAGACCCGUCUAGGCCAUUAAGCAAGCAUAAACAUUGGAUGGUUGCUGAAAUUUUGAGGAAAGCACGAAUUUACGUACCACCAUCACAAGAUAGCCAGACUUCUUCAGACAAAAGCAAAGCAGCAGCUCCUUCAACCACUUAAGGGGUAACUACUCCAGACCACAUCCGAGAAGAUACAAGAUCAAGCAGUUUGCUACACAUUGGAAACCGAAGACCGAAAGCUCUCGAAAAACGACUAUUGUAAACAGUAUGUUUCUCUUGUCAAGGAUUUGAAUUUGAAGUAGUUGCAUUACCAUUAUGUUUUAUUCUGUUUAGUGUAAACCUUUUUGUUCCUAUGAGCACAAUCUUUUGUGAGCUGGGAAGUGCACAAUAACAUAUCCAAAAGCUUUCUUCCACAAGUAGGUAUAGGCACUCAGAAUAUAUUAUUUAAGAUUCUGUUAUAUAAAGAUUUUAUUUUUAGUUUA